AAUGCUGCCCUCACACAUAAACCACGACCUUACUGCGACCUGAAAACUAGUAAAAUAGCAUUUUUCUUUUGAAAAUCGUUGGUUUUCUUUCAAAUUUCCAAAUUUCUCUCGCAGACGGUCCGGGGCUCUGCGGUCUUGUGUUCAGUACGUUUUCUCUAUGUCCUCAAUACGACCCUUCUACGUCCAUGGCGUUUCCACUGCGACUGUAUUGCGUCCCCAAGGCGACCCCACGGCAAUCAUCGGCGACCCAGCUGCGACUGUGCUAUGUUCUCUGCGUCCUUACGGCGACUCUACGACGACUAUUGCGUUUGUCCGGCGACUGUCCUGCGACUGUACGACGACCCUACUACGUUCUUGCUACGUCUAUAAAAACAAUACUUUUUACCAGUAAAUUUCAUUCUGAGUCUGACCUUCAACGAGUGAAGACGUAUAUUUAAUUAGUAUUAAGUUAAAUCAUCCAUAUUAUUCCAAAGAUGAGAGGCGGACGAGGCAAAAGAGCGAGGGUCUCUAAAGUGCUACAAGUUGACCCAGUCGCCGCUUCAGAUAUGCAGUUUGGUAGUGGUUCACAGUGUGUAGAAAUCGCGGCUUCAUCCACUGGCGGAGACGCAUACAAACAGUCUUCUAGUGGUCCACAGUCUGUUGAAACAGCGGCACCGCUAUCAGACCAAGUCUCCGAGUCGGACACUCAAUCUACCAGUGGUGAACAGUGUUACAGUUCUUCAAAGGUCAAUAAGUCCAGGUUGAUGAUGAGAAGUGACCUCACAGCUGAAGAUGAAGAAUCCAUGGUCGAGUGGUUGAGAGAAAACCCGCAAAUUUACAACAAAAAGCUAUCCACCUACAAGGAUAAAUGCAAGAAGGACGCUCUCUGGGCCGAACAGGCACAAGUUCUUGGGAAAGACGUCAGUAUGCUUAUUGUAUGGUACAGGUCAAUUCGUACACGGUUUGGAAAGCUGACUAAGCCGAAGUCUGGCGCUGGAACAGGUGACCGAACGGAUCGUGACCAGUGGAUCCUGACCAAGUUUGAGUUCCUGAAACCACAUAUUCAUGAAGUCCAGUCAAGUCAAGUCCAUAGUCAGCGUCGCCAAAGGUUUCCGAGCAAUUUCUUGUAA